UGUUACGAGAAACGUUGUAAAGUGCCGCUACAGUGCAUUUCUUUUGUUUAUUGUUUUCCUACCCACGUUCCCCUGAUCUGAUUGAUCAAAAUGGUCAAAUUAGUCCAUUAUAGUUUGUUUUGCGAUUUUAUUUUCUGAUAUUCACGGUUCUUCCGGUUGUAGUUUUAGACUACAGUUGUGAUGGGAGUGCACGGACUUUGGAGGCUACUGGAGAGCACAGGGAAACCCAUCAACCCCGAGACUCUGGAGGGAAAGAUCCUUGCUGUCGACAUCAGUAUAUGGCUGAACCAGGCAGUAAAGGGGGUGAGGGAUCGCGAUGGAAACAGUGUGCAAAACGCCCACCUCCUCACCCUCUUUCACCGCAUCUGCAAGCUGCUCUUCUUUCGCAUCAAGCCAGUGUUUGUGUUUGAUGGAGAUGCACCGCUGCUGAAGAAACAAACUCUGGCUCUGAGGAGGCAGAGGAAAGAGGAGCUAAACCAGGAGUCCAAACAGACCAAUGAGAAACUCCUCAAGACAUUUCUGAAGAGACAAGCUAUUAAAGCUGCUCUUGGAGAUCGCAGCAAGGACCCUCUCCCCAGUCUCUCCAGUGUGAGAAGAGAUGAGGUGGACGACAUGUACAUUUUACCAGCCCUGCCUGAGGCAGAGGAGAAGGAUAAAAGCAGUUCGGAAGAAGAGGAGGAGGAAAGGGAAGAGUGGGAGGAGACAGCUGAUGAUUUUCACAUGUAUCAGGGUGAUCUGUACGAAAACCCAAACUCUGUUGACAUCAACUCUGAAGAGUUUGCCUGCCUCCCUCCUGAAAUGAAACAUGAGAUACUCAAAGAGAUGAAGGAGUUUUCUAAAAGACGCCGGACCAUGUACCACAAGCCUCCAGAGCAAUCAGGAGACUUCUCUCAGUACCAGCUGGCCGGCCUGCUGCAGAGGAACCAGCUGAAUCAGCGUUUGGAGGGAGUGGAGAAGGAGAUGAGCCAGCGGAGCACAGGCAGUGCUCCACAGCUCUACAACGAGGACGGGGAGACGCAGAGUCACGACGUAGAGUCACAGCGGCUGGUUUCUGAAGACUAUUCCCACUACAUCCUUAUUAAAGGAUCCAAAAAAACUGAGAUCACUCCUCAGAGCCAGCCUGCAGCUGAUCCCUGGUCCGGGAACUCUCUGUCAGGCUACAGAAGACAAGCAACAGGCAGACCGGAGCCUCUAUGGCGUCCUGCAGGUGAGGAAGAGGAAACAGUGCAGCCUCCAACCUCAAAGGACUCCAAACCCUCCAUCUCUAAAUCCUCUCAAGAAGACACAUUGCCCCCUUCGCCUCGUACUCUCAAAGCAAUCCAGGCCGCAAUGAAUGACAGCUCAGAUGAGGAGAAGGCAGAGCGAGAUAAGAUGGAUGGAAAUGUGUCUCCACGUACAAUGCUGGCCAUCCAACAAGCUCUGGCUGAGGAGGAAGAUGCUGGUGCUGAACAUGAGACUUCAAUCAGCAGCUCUUUCACCAAACUGCAGGCAGAUAUUCAUCGUCCUCUUCCCGCUCCACAAAUGGUCAUCAGCAGUUCAGACGACGAGCCAGAACCUGACAAAGUGAACUCUUUACCUCCUGAAAAAUCAGAAUUUAAUGGAAUCAAAACAGGUCAAAGUUUACGUGAGAAGGAUAGUUUGUUUGUCAGCAGUUCAGAAGAUGAGAUUGAGGAAGUGAUCAGUCAGAGAAAUAAAGCACUCCGCUUUGCAGCGCUGCAGCAACCUCAGGAGAAGACAGGAGAGGAGACAAAAAAAGGACAGCUAACAGAGGACAUGAGAGCAGGUAGUAAUGUUCAGACAGAAAUGGAGAGAAGACAAAAUGGCAAUUUGGUUCAACCAGAGGCUGCUGCUGCAUCAAAUCAGAGCAAACUAUUUAUCAACCUUUCUGCUCUGAUUCAUGAGAAACCUCUCAGAGCAGAGACUCAGAUUCAUCCUGUAGACAUGAAGUCAGAAGCCAGUGAGGAGAGUGAAUCAGAAGAGAGCUUCAUUGAGGUGUCAGAGGAAGAAUUCAAAGAGGUGGAUGAAGAUGAAUCACUUGUAAUGAAGAAAGAAGAAGAAUCUCCAGAUAAAGCAAAUGAAGUUGAGAAAAAGACACAAGACAAACUAGAGGAAGGUUUUAUGGAGGCUCAGAUUGAACCUAAAAAUGCUGCUGAUAUAUCAGAGGAUGAUGAGGAGAAGAAGAGACAGAUGGAAGAGGAAGAGCAGAAGGAGGAAAUUCAAGACAAGUCCAGCUCAGCUCCAACCAUCAAUGAGUGGGAGCACUUUGAUGUGGGUGAGCUGGAGGCUAUGGAGAGCUCUCUUGAGGUGGAGCAGAGCAGCCUGAGGGAGCUGAAACAGCAGCAGGAGAGGAUGGCCAACACCGUCACUGGACAGAUGUAUCUGGAGAGUCAGGAACUGCUCCGGCUCUUCGGCAUCCCCUUCCUCGUGGCUCCGAUGGAGGCUGAGGCUCAGUGUGCAGUACUCGACCGCACUGACCACACAAACGGCACCAUCACCGACGACUCCGACGUGUGGCUGUUUGGAGGAAGACAUGUGUACAAGAACUUCUUCAGCCAGAACAAAUACGUGGAACACUAUCAGUUUAGCGACCUGCAGAACCAACUCGGCCUGGACAGAACCAAACUGAUAAACCUGGCUUAUCUACUGGGCAGUGACUACACAGAGGGAGUACCAGGGGUCGGACAUGUGACCGGCAUGGAGAUCCUCAACGAGUUCCCAGGGCCGGGUCUUGAGCCACUCAUACAGUUCAGUAAAUGGUGGUCAGAGGCACAGGAGAAAAAGCGACUGGUGUCUGAUCCUCGUGACACAAAAGUUAAGAAGAAGCUGAGGAAUCUGAAGCUGCAGCCGGGUUUUCCCAGCCCUGUGGUUGCUCAAGCUUACCUGGAGCCUGCUGUGGAUCAGUCAGAAAGCUCCUUCAGCUGGGGACGCCCACAACUUGACAUGAUCAAAGAGUUCUGUCUAAAUCGUUUCGGUUGGAGCAGCAGGAGGACAGAGGAGACUCUUCAGCCUGUGAUAAAGCAGCUCAACACCCAGCAGACUCAGCUGCGUAUCGACUCGUUUUUUCGCAUGGAGCAGCAGGAGAAACAGGCCAUCCGCAGCCAGCGUCUCCGCCGAGCCGUCACCUGCAUGAAGAGGAAGGAGAGAGAUGGAGGAGAGGAAGAGGAGGAGGACAGCGAAGAGGAGACACCAUCACCAUCCAAAUCUAAGAAAGGAAGGACACCAAGCGAGAGUCCAGUGAAAGGACGAGAGAGGGGAGAGGAGAGGAUGCCUGCAGCCGGAGCAGGAGGAGGGUUUCUGGGAUCAGAAUCCUUUGUUGAGCCUCCUGUCAUGUCUCAGAGGGAGUCGAGCAGCAGCCAGGAGUCCAUCUCUGUUAAAGCCUCUCAGUGUAGUAAAACUUCACUACAGAGGAGCAGCAGCAGCCAGGAGUCCAUCUCUGUUAGAUCCUCUCAGAGUAGUAAAACUCCACUACAGAGGAGUAAGAGGAGCAGCAGCUCCAGUGAGGACAGCGAUGAUGGUGGAGAUAAAGUAACCAUGGUAACAGCCCGAUCAGUGUUCAAAAGCAGCCGAGGAGGGAAAAAUUCCCGGGGUAGAGGAAGUGCAAGGGGAAAAGGAAGGGGGAGGAAGACAGGAGGAAAAAACUGAACUUCAUCAAAAACUGACCAAAGACUCUACCAAACCUGCCACACUGUCUGAUAAUUUCUGUGAUAUUAUAUUUGAUAUUUAAACAUGGGUGAUGUGAAUGAAUCAUGAAGUCAUUAUCAGGGAUGAAUUGAGCCUUUUUGUAUUGUAUAAAACAUGUUCUGUACUAAUGUGACCGACGAUAUCUGUAGAAGAAUGAGAAUUUUUUUCAUUAAAUAUUUCACUUAUUUAAAGUUUUCUAUGGUAGACGUCUGUUUUACUCAGACUUACUCAUAUGUUGUGUUGAGAGGAUAAGUGUUGAUCUAGACCAGUGUUUCUCAGUUAUUUGGCCUUCAGGACUCACCACUGUCUCUUUAUGAGAAAUUAUGACCGCCAUCCUUAAAAAUUUUUAACAACUCAAAUUUAUUGAACAACAAAUGUCACAGUUUGGACCCUCAAUGGAGCAUCAUGACUGAACAAAGAGAUGAGACAGAAGAAACUUGUUCAGAAAGAACAUCAUUA